AUGGCUUUGCAAAACAUUGGUGCUUCGAACCGUGACGAUGCCUUCUACAGGUACAAGAUGCCGAGGAUGAUGACAAAGAUCGAAGGCAGAGGCAACGGCAUCAAAACCAACGUCGUCAACAUGGUUGAGAUCGCCAAAGCCUUGGGGAGACCAGCUGCUUACACCACAAAGUACUUCGGCUGCGAGCUCGGCGCGCAGUCCAAGUUCGACGAGAAGACAGGAACCUCGCUGGUCAACGGAUCUCACGACACGUCGAAGCUCGCGGGGCUUCUCGAGAACUUCAUCAAGAAGUACGUCCAGUGCUACGGUUGCGGCAACCCCGAGACGGAGAUUCUCAUCACCAAGACGCAGAUGCUGCAGCUGAAGUGCGCGGCGUGUGGGUUUAUCUCGGACGUUGACAUGAGGGAUAAGUUAACCGCUUUUAUCCUGAAGCAUCCGCCGGAGCAGAAGAAGUCGGGGAAGGACAAGAAGGCGAUGAGGAGAGCUGAGAAGGAGAGGAUUAAAGAAGGUGAAGCGGCUGAUGAGGAGAUGAAGAAGCUCAAGAAGAAGGCUGCUGGGACUUCGAAAGAGAAGGUUUUGAGGAAGAAGGAGCAUUCUUCACCACCUCCGAGCCAAGAUGAGAAUGAGCAAGCGGAGAGUGAGGAAGAUGAUGAUGAUGACGAUGAUGUACAGUGGCAGACUGAUACUUCUAGGGAGGCUGCUGAGAAGCGGAUGAAGGAGCAGCUUAGUGCUGCGACGGCGGAUAUGGUGAUGCUGACUACGAUUGAAGAAGAGAAGAAGAAGCCAGAAGUUGUGGAGAAGAAGAAGCUGCAGGAGAACGGAGAUGGCAAUGCUCAUGAGAAGCUUGUGAGUGAGAUAAAAGAGCUUCUGGGGAAUGGUUUGACUCCUUCACAGCUCAAAACCGCGUUAGCUUCGAACUCUGCGAGUCAUAAGGAGAAAAUGGAGGCGUUGCUCUCUGCGCUUUUCGGAGACGGAGGGAAAGGGUUCGCUAAAGAAGUGGUGAAGAAGAAGAAGUAUCUAAUGGCGUUGAUGGUGAUGAUGCAAGAAGAGGCAGGGUCUCCUCAGCAGAUGGUUUUGCUCAAGGGGAUUGAGUCGUUUUGCGGAAAGGCGAAUCCGGAGGCUGCUAAAGAAGUUGCUCUUGUUAUCAAAGGGCUUUAUGAUGAAGACAUGUUGGACGAGGAGGUCAUAUUUGGAUGGUACGGUGCAGGAAACAAAAGCUCCCCGGUGAUGAAGAAGGUGGCUCCGUUUAUUGAGUGGCUCAAGAACGCUGAGUCUGAGUCUGAAGAAGGGUAA